UCUCUACCCCUCUGCUCGUCGUGUUCACAUCUCUCUCCCUCUCUAAACCUGCCGUUGCGUUUUCUUCUACUCUUUCUUUCCUCCAUCUUCCGUAUGUAGUCUUCCUUCUCACCCUCCAUCUCGAGAUUUUCUCGCUUUUCCCCCUCAGAUUCUCGUAAAUUCCCCGUUGAAUUCUCUAUCUGGAGUCCACUUUUUCUUUUUCCUCUCUCUCAAAUGCCUGCUUGGUGGACGAGAAAGUCUGGGAAAACCAAGGACGAUAGCCAUAACCAGAGUCCUCGUGGAGCCGACAAGAGAAACAGGGAAGUCAUCUCCGGAGAGAGUAAGACCAGCUUCGAUGAGGCGGUGACUCCCACGCGCGGUACUCCGCGUUGUAGCCGCGAUUUCGCGGGAUUCGAUUCGGACUCCGGCGAGAGGCGAGGACACCCACUUCCCCGACCGUCGGUUUCUUCGGUCCACAGCGAUCUCGGGAGUGGGUCGGGUUCCGGAUCGGGAUCUGUUUCGAGCGUUAGCUCCUCCGGGUCCGCUGAUGAUCAGGGUCAACUCGGUGGUUGCAGUAAUAGCAGGGGAAAUGGCGAUUUAAAAUUCAUCGUAGCACCACCACGUAGUCCCGGUAGAGGUUCCCCCAGGCCCACAUCUCCGCUGCACUGCCAUUCUUCAGGUGUGAACUCAGAUUCUCCUGUGGGGCGACAAGAUGAUGGAAGACCCUCAGAAUGUCAUCCCCUGCCUUUGCCACCGAGUUACCCGACAAGCCCUUCUGCUGUGCACGGCUCCAGGAUUGGAGGAGGACCCGAGGCUUCGUCCCCUCCAAGUGUGUCCAAGUGGAAGAAGGGAAAGCUGCUGGGGAGAGGCACCUUUGGACAAGUUUAUCAAGGAUUUAACAGUGAGAAAGGGAAAAUGUGUGCAAUAAAAGAGGUCAGGGUCAUUUCUGAUGACCAAACGUCGAGAGAAUGUCUUAAGCAACUAAAUCAGGAGAUAAAUUUGCUGAGUCAGCUUUCUCAUCCCAAUAUUGUUCAGUAUUAUGGAAGUGAAUUAAGAGAAGAAGCCUUGUCAGUCCACUUGGAGUAUGUGUCAGGUGGCUCGGUCCAUAAACUCCUCCAGGAGUAUGGUGCCUUCACAGAGCCUGUGAUCCAAAAUUACACACGGCAGAUCCUAUCUGGACUUGCCUAUUUACAUGGAAGAAACACGGUGCAUAGGGACAUAAAAGGAGCAAAUAUACUGGUGGAUCCGAAUGGGGAGAUCAAGUUGGCAGAUUUUGGGAUGGCCAAACACAUAACAGCUUGUUCUUCCAUGCUUUCCUUCAAAGGAAGUCCUUAUUGGAUGGCGCCCGAGGUUGUGAUGAACACAAACGGCUACUAUCUUGCAGUGGAUAUAUGGAGUUUGGGAUGUACGAUUCUUGAAAUGGCGACAGCAAAACCACCUUGGAGUCAGUAUGAAGGGGUUGCUGCAAUUUUUAAAAUCGGAAACAGCAAAGACAUCCCAGAAAUUCCCGACCACCUUUCAGAUGAUGCAAAGAAUUUUAUACGGCUUUGUCUGCAAAGAGACCCGUCAAAACGUCCUACAGCGUCACAGCUUUUGGAUCACUCAUUCCUCCAGGAACACACGACAAGAGUAAUUAACAAGGACAUAUCCCCUCACGCCUCUGAUAGAAGCCGUGCAUUGCCAACUAUGGAACUCUAUUCGAGGAGGUCAAGCUAUGACAAUUACUCGCAAACACCGUUGCCUGUAUCAUCAAGGGCCACCAAGAGCCCGAGCAGAGAAAAUAUAAGAACCAUCGCAUCCUUGCCGGUAUCCCCAUGUUCAAGCCCUUUACGCCAACAUGGACCGGCAUACAAAAGCUGUUUCCUAUCCCCUCCCCACCCGUCUUUCGUGUUUGCCGGGCAAGACAGUAACUACAACCUGGUGGAUUUUGCUGCAAGGCCCUUUAGGGCCAAUACAGCGUAUACAAAUGACACAACGAUUGAGCCUUCUAUGGUCAGAGCUCAAACCCCAAAUACAUUGUUGAGAUCAAGAUUGUUGUAGAAGAUGAAGCAUAAAUGCUGGAAACUGGAUAUCUCUGCCCUCAUUCUCCUAAACCCAUGUCGGUUACAUGACCCGACCGAGGAUCAUGUAAGAUGGUUGGCGUUUCUCGGGGAAUGCUAUGACGAUUCUCGGGGCAUAGAAGAUGAGGGCGUGAUAUUGAUGUGUUUGUGGCGUGUUCUACAGUUGGAGUUGGGGGAAGGGGGGGGGGGGUUUAUGAAGAAGCAGCAGAUGCAGGAGGGUCAAAUGUAAAUUUAGGGGGGAGACGAACCAAAAAACAAAAAGGAAAAGAGAAAGAGUUGGUAAAGGAGCAUACAAGAUUCAAUAGUUGUAACUUAUGUAUGUAUAGAUAGAUAAAAGAUAUAUAUAGUUCACUUGUUGUGACACAUGUGAAGAGAUAUGUAUAGAUGACACUCUUGAAUGAUGUGAUGAAACACUAAUGUUGCUGAGAUGAUGAUGUCUGGCCAUUGUUCUGUCGUUGAGGAUCUCAGUCAUUUUGUUGUUUAA